AAUGACCCCUUGGAGUGUGGUCCAUGUGUUCAGUAUCCUGAUAAUUACAAUUCAAAGGUCUGUGUGUUCAUUCAUUCCAUUUUAAUUCCAGUUUCCCUGCCCCGGCUUGUGGAUCUGGACUGGAGGGUAGAUAUCAAGACCUCCUCGGACAGUAUCAGCAGAAUGGCUGUCCCUACCUGCCUGCUGCAGCUGAAGAUUCAGGAAGAUGCUGCCUUGUGCGGGAAUGACUUCACAACCUCAGCAUUGACAGUAGAGUUGAAUAAGCAAACAUUGGACACUAUGUUAGAUGGCCUGGGAAGGAUACGGGACCAGCUUUCUGCCGUUGCAAAUAAAUAAAGCCUUCUGGCUAAAGGAUUCCAACAGUUUUUCGCAUGUGGAAGAUAACUCUCCUGUCUUGCCAACCUGGCUGUGACAUUUUACCAACAGCCAAUCUUUGGGUUUCUCUUCCUCCUCAUAACCAAACAUCAUUCUUAUUUUUUUACUUUUCAAUGAAAUGGCAUGGGGUUUUUUCCCUUCAGAAGCAAAGACUUCAACACUUUCUUGCUCCGAUGCCUGACAUAAGCUCAUAAUGACAAUCAGAACCUCCUCUUGUACAUAUUCCUAGAGAGGCUCAUAACUCAGCUUGUAGCAGGAGCAAAGAGCAGCCAAUGAAGCGGACUGUGUCUUCUGCCUCUGAAAUGGGGGACUAAGAAGCAUGAAUAUGGCUAAUAGGCUGGCUUGCAGCCUCAGCGCACUCUUGAAAGGUGUUUGCUGAGAAGUGUGGGAUGUUGGUCUUUUCCUCCUCACUGAGGCACAGCUUUAGAAACAACGUCCAGGCUGCAGUGCGUUCUCUUACGCGGCAGAAAUACCUUGUGUGUGAACUUUUCAGUUCCAAGUUUAAACUGCUGGAAUGAAUUCAGUAGCAAGUAGCACCAAUGAUGAUGGAGGAAAGAAAGUUUUGUCGCUUCAUAUUGGCAUUAACAGGAGGCUCUGAUAGAUUUGGAUGUACUGAGAAAGGUUGCUAAUGGCAACUGGUUCCUGUAGCAACAAAGUCACUGCACACAUUUAUGAAUUAUUAAGCGUUUCAUUUAAAAUACAACGAUUGUGCUAUAUGGAUUUAUGUUUGCUUUAAAUAAAACAAACAAACAAAACAGG